AUGAAUGACCUGAAACUGUUCGCGGCCAACGAAGAACAAAUGCGAAGACUCCUGGAAAUAGUUUCUUCAUUCAGUACAGCAAUAGGAAUGGCGAUGGGCCUCGAUAAAUGCGCGAUUGUGAAUGUGAAAAGAGGUAAGAUUGUGGAUGGCGAACAUAUCGAGCUAUGGGAUGACUCUAGAAUACCAUACCUGAAACCGGAGGAAUCGUACAAAUACUUAGGAAUUCAGCAAGCCCUAGAUAUAAAAACUGUCGAGGCAAAGAAUUCCUUUAAGGAGAAGUAUUUCAGUAGGCUGAGGAAUAUCUUGAAAGCCAAACUUAAUUCUAAAGCCUUGUUCACGUCGAUUAACACGUGGGCCCUGCCUUGUAUUAGCUACUCUUUUGGGAUUGUUCGGUGGACCGCUGCGGAGCUCAGGGCGGUGGAUAUACAGACUAGAAAGAUGUUGACAAGAUACGGGGUACAUCACCCCCAUUCGUCAGUGAAUAGACUGUACCUGAAGAGACACGAGGGAGGUAGAGGACUACAAAAUAUACUUAUGACACAUUAUAAGAUGGUGUUAGAUAUGAGAAAGUACUUUCAGUCAAAAAACUCACCAUUCUUCAGAGCGUUGUGCCAGGCUGAUGAGUCCACGGCUCUACGGCUAGCAAAACCCUCAAUCCAUCUAGAGGAAACGUCCGUUGAGCAGCUCUCGGAGGAGUGGAAUGGAAGAGCACUCCAUGGAAGAUACCCUGGAAAUUUAAACUCAGAUAUUAUCCUGAAAACUGAAUCUCUCACUUACCUGACAGCUGGAUAUCUGUUUCCGGAGACCGAGGGAAGAUUAGUGGCUAUACAGGAUCAGGUGGUGCCUACUCGAGCCUAUAUCAAACAUUUAACUGGUCAAGACAUACUUACCGACUUAUGCAGAAGGUGCUCCAAAUCCUUAGAAACCAUACAGCACAUAACAUCAUCGUGUCCGAAUCUGGCCCCUAGGGAGUACAUGGAGCGCCAUAACGCCGUUGCAAAAAUAUACCACAUGGAGAUAACUCGAGAAACCGGAUUGUCACUGGAUAGUCGAAGUAUUUAUGAGUAUGAGCCCAGAAGAAUGCUGGAGAACGAAGAAUACAAACUCUACUGGGACACAACGAUAAUAACAGAUAGGGCAAUACCGCAUAAUAGGCCAGAUCUAGUGCUCUUCAAUAAGAUCGAGAAGAGUGUACAGAUUAUCGAUGUAGCAGUGCCUGCGGAUGAGAAUAUUGGAAGAUCCUACAGUGAGAAGCUUACUAAGUAUCAUGACCUCGCAUUUGCAGUGAAAGAAAAAUAUGGUCUGAAGAAAACAUCAAUACUCCCUCUGAUUAUAUCAGUGAAUGGCUUGGUCGAACAGCACAUGAUAGAAAAUACUAGACGUUUGAAGUUAGAUUCUAGCCCCAUUAGUCGAGCUCAGAAGGAGGUUGUACUGGCCACAACCCGAGCUGUUCGGAAGUUCCUUACCAGCUCCUGA